GUUUUGAUUUUGAAGGUAAGAAAUUGAUGCUUACACUUGACACAGUUAUUUGUGACACACCAGCCAGGUCCUUUGUUAAAAACACCAAGAACCACAAUGCCUACCAUGGUUGUGACAAAUGCGCACAACCUGGUAAAUAUAUAAAUAGACGCAUGACAUAUCCAUGCACAGAAUAUGCUUUAAGGACAGAUGACUCAUUUGAAACCAUGGCUGAUGAGGGUCAUCAUCAUGAGGGUCCACACCCAUUUCAUGGCAGCAAUGUUGGCAUGGUGUCUCAGUUUCCACUAGAUUAUAUGCAUUUGGUUUGUUUAGGUGUUGUUAGGCGAAUGCUAAAUAUCUGGUUAAGGGGUCCCUUGAAUGUCAGAGUACCUGCUAACAUAGUACAAAGGAUGUCUGCAAAACAAGUAGAAAUGCGAUCCCAUGUUCCUGUAGAGUUUGCCCGUAAGCCCAGAUCGCUGAGUGAAUUGGAUCGUUGGAAGGCCACUGAAUUAAGGCAGUUUCUGCUCUACACAGGACCUGUAAUGCUAGGUAGCUUUCUGGACAGCAAUAUGUAUAGGAAUUUUAUGUUACUUUUUUCUGGGAUUGCAAUUUUGGUGAGUCCUAGACUAUCUUGCCACACACAGUAUGCACAAACUUUACUUAGGUCUUUUGUUAAUCACUUUGGUGAAAUCUAUGGAAAAGAUCAACUUGUUUAUAAUGUACAUUCAUUGGUCCAUCUGCCAGAAGAAGUACAGAGGCAUGGUUGCCUUGACUCUUUUUCUGCAUUUCCUUAUGAAAGUUACCUGCACAAGCUGAAAAAGCUAGUCAGAAAACCAGAGUUCCCCCUGGCCCAAAUCAUCCGUCGAUUGUCAGAGAUAAAAACUACUGAUUCUCUGGUUAAUGGUACUGCUUUUAAAAAGCAACACUUUGUUGGGCCAGUUGUAGGUGGACUGUCAGUGAAAUCUCAGUAUGGUGAGAUGACCUGUGACAAGUGGACAGUUAAAGUUUCAGCCAGAGAUAAUGUUUUUGUCAUUGGGAAUGACAUUUGCUGCAUAUGUAAUAUUGUAGAAUGCAGUGAUGGAGUAUAUGUAAUAUACAAAAAAUUUUCACACAAGUCUUUGUUCUUCACUUACCCAUUCAGCUCCGAUUACCUAAAUAUUUAUGCAAUUUCACAAACAUCAGAUACACUCGAGUGUGUUAAUGUUUCAGAGCUUGUACAAAAAUGUGCUGUUCUGCCUCAUAGGGACGGUUUUGUGGCAAUACCCCUAUUCCACACAUUUUAGAUGCGCACUUGCACAUGGACAGAAACUGGGACUUUAAGUUGAAUUUAGAGCAGUAUUUGAUCCACUACUGUAUGGAUUUGCCGCAGUGUCUUGCUUGGCUGGCAAUUUUAGUAUUUUUUCUUACUUUAUAGUGUCAUAAGAAUUUUUCUUUUGCAGUUUAUUAUUUUAUUUAUUUAUUUUGGAUAAUGAUAUUGGCCAUGUUGGCUGUUUUAUAGUAUAGUAUUGCCAACUGAAAAGUCUGGGCAAUUUCUAUUCAUCUUUUCGCCAAAGUGAGGGUCAGACACUGACAAACUUGACUGUAUCAUCAAAAACACUGCUAACUGGAUAUCAAUUAAUUGUAAGUGGUUUAGUUGUUUGUGUUUAUUGAGACCCAUAAAUGUGUUACAUGUUAGCCAAUGUAAGGUCUUGAAAUUCUUGAACAAUUUGCAUUGUCCUUCUUUUACCUAAUAGUCAGCCUCUUCUGA